GCAAUUUCCAGCCUUCACCGACUGUGACCAGUGAAAGUCAAGCGAACGUGCUGCUCUGCCAUCAACUACUGCUUGCCGACUCUACUGCGAACGUCAAGCCCCAACAACGCGUCCUCAAUCAAGCCCAGCCGCUCUCUGCCUUAGCUGUACGAUUUUACAGUAAAUGCUGGCGAAUAUGAGCGGCAUAGCUGCACCGACACCGCCAGCCAUGGCACCACCGACUACGAAAGCUGUGCCUCCGAUGACACGAACGGCCGUCACGGCUUCAUCGGAAACGUUGGAAUGCAGCGCAUCACCGACGAAUACAUCGGGCUCUGAUGUUUCCGGCCUGUCCUCGUCCGAACUUGCAGCAAUUCUGCUGGCUGGGCAACAGAAUGCCGUUAAACAAGAGUUUCCGGAGACGCAUGUGAAAUCGGAGCUUCCACCUAUAGCAAAUCCUUUAUUCGGAAUGUCCGACGCUGCUGCACUGCUACAAUUUCUUCAGGCUCAACAAGCUAUCGCUCAGUUUCAUGCCCAAGCUCAAGCUGCUGCACAACAACGGGUUGCCAUUCAACAACAACAACAGUCGACCCCACCGGAAAGAAAAAGAUCCUACCCCUGCACAUUCCAAUUUUGUGUGAUCUGCCAGAAGGACGUGCAUUCUUCAAAGCUGCCAUGCCACAUUCGCCAAUGUCAUGUUGCCAAGCCAAUGUUCCAAUGUCCUGCCUGUGAUUUUACAUCUACCUACUCAAAAAACAACGUCAAAAGUCAUAUGGUUUCCUUGCAUGGAUUAGCAGGAGAUCCUAUCAGCUACAUGGACAAGUAUGCGGCCCAAGUGGACGAGUUUAUGAAAAUGUGUUUUCCUAACGUUCGUGGUCGUGGUCGUCCAAUGCAAGGCCGGUCGUCUCCCCGUUCACCAACAAGCCCUCAAUCUUCUGCUCGAAAAACCAGUCAGCAGAGUUCUGGGCUUCGUCGUCCGUCAAUGGUGCUUCCACAACACGAGAUGCUCGCUCUCCAGCAACAGCAGGCUUUGUUCGCUGCUGCUCAAGGCAUAAAUCCACUAUCCAUCUUCCCACAAAUGGUCAACAAUAACAACAAAUUGACCUCUGCGGUUCUUGACCCAAAACUAAAUCAGCCCGAGUGUAAGAUUCCCAAGAUGGAGAACGCAGAUUCUCUAGACAACGGCGUAUCUUCGUCGGGUUCAGCUGAAGAGGUUCGCAACAAAUCCACUAGCGGACGAACACUAUCGAAUUUUGUAUUGUCCAUGAGACCACAAACCUCUAGACCUGGAGAGUCUGUGCAACCCAGAUAUCUGAAAGCAAUCCCAGCAUGUACUGUUCUCGAUGAGGAACAGGUGAAGGAUACUGUCUUCGAUGCAGCUCCUGCAGCGCUGACAUCAGAAGUUGCUGAGUACGUGCACGAUCAAGUUGAAGACGACAACUCUUUACUUGACGAGGCACAACAGCAAAAGGUAUCAGAGCUGUUGAAGCAAGUCAACUUGAAGAAAUUCGAAAUUGAGUUUUCUAUACACAGUGUUGGCAGGCUGGACAUGACGGUGUUGCCACUGGAGCGAGCUUCGCUAGUGCUGGAGGCUGUGCCAUCAGCUGCAGAUGUAGAGCGUAUCCGACGGUUCACAGCUGCGCAUCCAAAUAAUCAGUGGACAGAAGCCGAACAGUUUGUCAUCGACUUGGCCAACAUAGAGAGAGCCGAAGAGAAACUGACAGCAAUGGUGCACACAGCCAAAUUUGACAGCAUCAUCGAUAACAUCAAUGAGCAUUUGGAUGCGUAUUCGUGUGCAGCCAAACUUGUUCAAGAAUCGGAGCAGCUGCGAUUGAUCGUUCAAACAAUUCUGGCCUUGCUGAAUCACUUGAACGGCUCCACUAUGGCCGAGAAAGUGGUCGGAGGAUUCUGCACUAGCCAGCUGGCGGAGAUAUGUUCGUCGCCAAUUUCUGGAGGAUCCUCGCUUCUGCAAACGGUUGCAUCGUUCAUUCGCGAUCGAGCACCGCAUGCUACAGAUGUAGCUGAUCUGGUGGAACCAUUGAAGAAAGCCUCUGAAGAACCAUUCUUGUCUCUCUAUGCUUCGCUUCUGCAACUGGACGAAGGAAACCAGCAUGUCCAGUUGGAACUGGAGCAGUUAGACUUUGAACAUCCUGUGUUGGCUGUACGUCUGAAUGAGAUGCGACGCCGCGUCGAAGAGGUCGCCGACAAACUUGUUCGAGUCAAGGAUCAGUUACUCGUGAUGCUAUCGUAUAUGGGUGAAGCGCUACCUCGUACAGAAUCGGAAUUCCGCCCAGAAGACUACUUGUCAAAGCUCUGUGAUUUUCUCACCUCUCUACAUCUUCAUAAUGAGCUGGAUGUUGAGGUAGAGAACUAGACGGUUCACCAUCGUCACCAGGAUCCUCGUUGGUCUCAAAGUACCGUACCUCCUCUCUGUCGUGUUCACACUGUCACUAGGUUGCUCGUCUUCCUCCUUCUUAGCCUUGUCGUGCCGAUAUAUGUGCUCGCCGAGAUUUUUACACUUUAUAUCAUGCAUUCUCGUCACAGGUCUUUACUGCUAGGUAGAGUUUCACUUCCUAAUUCUUAACCUCAUAAUAAUCCGAGUGUUAUAUAUGUUUUUAGUAUGUAGUACUUUUCUGCGCUAUGUCAUAAUAUGACUCCUCUUUCACCUUUCCAGUCCUCCUUUGCUUUCGCCUUGUACUUCAGUGUAAAUUGUUUUGCGAUUUUUUCAAUGGUCUUAGUGUUCAGCUGCAUGUUUCUUCUUUUGUUGCUACUCAUACUUGAAAGAGCAAGCAGUUUGAAGGAGACUGAGAAUUGGGUAGUAUUCCGGACAUCAUCCGGUCUUUUCAUAUAUCCCGAUGAGCUCGGUCAUUUAUUAAUCGUACAUAUCUUUCCAUAUUGGAGAUUAUAGUUGUUUUGAAAGUGUUUACGUGGAUUGAUAAAUUUUCGGCAGGUUGUUGUAGCUUGAUAAAAUUGCAUUCUGGUAAAACCGAGUUGAACGAAGUCGCUAGGG